GCCCGGGUCUGCGGGCAGCCGGUUCAGGGCACUCUUCGGGGGGCCGUUGCGGCCUCCAAAGCCCCGCUCCCUUGGGUGCGUCUGGAAAGGCCGCGGUCAUGGGCUGGGCGGGUUGAUGGUGGCAGCAGCCCCCACCCUAGGCCCCUCUCGCUGGCUGUUGGAAAAGACCCGGUUGGGAGGCUGGGGGUCCUCUGGGCUGCGGAGACGCUGGGGAGGCGUUUUAGGAGGAUGCUUUGUGUUGAGUGACCGGGACGUGGUCUGCCUGUAAAAGGCUGGGAGAGAACAAAAUCUAUUAGCACCCAGUCCUUCUCCAAAGGGACACCCUCUGGAGCUGCAAGCCUCAAGCAAGCGCGCUCACGCCCCCAUCUCUGGGCUCACCUUCGUCCAAGGCCGAGCUGACGAAGAAACUGAAGCUCAGCGAACUGACAUGCCUUAGACAUUUGAAGUGCAACUGUCAGGACUCUAAUGCGGCUGGCUGACAGAUGUUGCAUGCAGCCUGCAAGUUUUAAAUCUAUUUCUGCAAGUUCUGGAGUUCUGAUGGUAUGGCGGUGCGUCUGGUUCCCUCCUCUCCUGCCUUCUGCUCUUCUAGGACAUAGAGGCGUGUCCUCCAUACUACUCAAGGACCAUCUUCCAAGGAGGCAGCUCUUCUUUUAAGAGGGGAGCCAGUUUUUCAGAGUGGUUAAAGUCACACCAUCCUCUAGGAGCCCCCUGCUUCUGGUGCCUCAACAGCGCCCCAGAGUCCUGCGGGCCUAGGUCUAUGGACAGAGGAGUUCCAUACAACAGUGAAGACUCUCAUCGAGGUGCUGGCCAUUGCCUCGCUAGAAGUGGACCAGCCCAGCCAGGCGGGCAUCAUGCUGCAACAGCUCCUCAUCACCCUGCCCGCUGAGGCCAGCACCUGGGUGAAGUUGCACCAUCCAAACAAGGCCGAGGAGGGGGCCCCUCUGUGGGAGGAUGUGACUAAGAUGUUUGAAGGAAAAGCUCUGCUAUCUAAGGAUGCUGAUGAGGCCCAAGGAGAAAGUUUAGAGGGUGAAGUAAUUCCUGGACCUCUAAUAGCAGAACCUGAGGAACUGUUGACCUUCCAGGACAUAUCUGUGGAUUUUACCCAGGAGGAGUGGGGGCAGCUAGCCCCUGCCCACCGGAAUCUGUACCGGGAGGUGAUGCUGGAGAACUACGGGAACCUGGUGUCAGUGGGAUAUCAACUUUCCAAACCUAGUGUGAUUUCCCAGUUGGAGAAAGGAGAAGAGCCAUGGAUGAUGGAGAAAGAAGGCCCGGGAGAUUCCAGUGCAGACUUGAAGAGUAAAACAGAAACAAAUGCAUCAGCUGCAACGAGUGGCAUCUUACAGGAGCAGUUCUAUCAUGAUAUGAUGGAGAGAUUCGUAAAGGAUAAUGUCAUUUACUCCACAUUGAGAGAAAUCUCCAAAUUUGACAAUGAGUUAGAAAGGCACCAGGAGACCCAUGGGAGAGACGUAGGACAAGCCAUCUUGACCCACAACAGGAGAGACCAAGAAAGUAACGAAUUUGAAGACGAUAUUGUGAGUUCAAAUCUUAUUCUAGAACAAAGGCACCAUAAGUGUAACACACCUAAAAAGAGGAACAAAUACAAACUAGGCUUUAUUAAUCAUGCAACAAGUUACAUAAGAACAAAAACCUAUGAAUGUACUAUAUGUGAAAAAAUUUUCAAACAACCCAUUCACCUUACUGAACACAUGAGAAUACAUACUGGUGAGAAGCCUUUCAGAUGUAAGGAAUGUGGAAGGGCUUUUAGUCAAAGUGCAUCCCUUACUACUCACCAGAGGAUCCAUACUGGGGAGAAACCCUUUGAAUGUGAAGAAUGUGGCAAAGCCUUCAGACAUCGCUCCUCUCUCAAUCAGCAUCAUAGAACCCACACUGGGGAGAAACCCUAUGUGUGUGAUAAAUGUCAGAAAGCUUUCAGCCAGAACAUUAGCUUGAUCCAACAUUUGAGAACUCAUUCUGGAGAGAAACCCUUUACGUGCAAUGAAUGUGGGAAAACCUUUCGGCAGAUUAGACACCUUAGUGAACAUAUAAGAAUUCACACUGGGGAGAAGCCCUAUGCGUGCAGUGCAUGUUGCAAGACUUUUAGUCACAGGGCGUACCUAACACAUCACCAGAGGAUCCAUACUGGGGAGAGACCCUACAAAUGUAAGGAAUGUGGCAAGGCCUUUAGGCAGAGGAUACACCUCAGCAACCACAAAACUGUGCAUACUGGUGUGAAAGCAUAUGAAUGCAACCGCUGUGGGAAAGCCUAUAGGCAUGAUUCAUCCUUUAAGAAACAUCAGCGACAUCACACUGGAGAGAAACCUUAUGAGUGUAAUGAAUGUGGAAAAUCUUUCAGCUAUAAUUCAUCACUUAGUCGACACCAUGAAAUACACAGGAGGAACCCCUUCCGAAACAAUGUGUGAGGACAGAUUUUUCAACAUGAAAGCAAAAGCCAAGUCUAAAUUAGGGCUCUUGGGCUUUAAAUUUUAAGCACUCUAAAUUUGAGGAAGUGAUAUAAUCCCAACUUAAAAUUUUGCCCAUUGUGUAAAUAACCAUUGCAUUUAUAAUUACUCUCGCUUAACCCCUAUGAAGUACUUAAUAAAAAAUAAAGGAUGGUUCAUCACAUUAAAUUCAACAAUGUGAAAAAUUCAC